AUGGAGAAGAUGAACCACAGCUCAGCUGAAGCCGAGACCGAGACCAUAGAACCUCUGCGUUACCUCAGUAAAGGCGAGGCGAGCGCCAUUGAGACAGAACUCUUGCGGGACUACAAGUUUGGACAACAGCAGCUCAUUGAGAUCUGGGGACACGCCUGCGCGCUUGCCAUCUCUAAGGCCUACCCUCUCAACUCUUUAGCCAAGAAGCAACCAACAGUGCUGGUCAUAUGUGGGCCAGAGCAGAACGGCUCCAUUGGCCUUGUAUGUGCACGACAUCUGCGCAUGUUUGAGUAUGAGCCCACCAUAUACCACCCAAAGCGAUCGCCUCACAGUCUGCAUCAGGAUUUUACAGUUCAGUGCGAAAAGAUGGACAUCCCUUUCCUCUCUUAUCUCCCUACAGAGGUUCAGCUCAUAAACGACGCUUACAACCUCGUCAUCGACGCCAUGCUGGGCCCCGAGGAUGACAUCGUUGACAUUAAGGAGCCCUACGCAGGAAUUCUAGUGACCCUCAAGCAGGUCAAGAUCCCCAUAGCCAGUGUGGAUGUGCCCUCGGGUUGGGAUGUGGAAGAGGCAGGUCAGGAUGGGAUAAGCCCAGAAGUGCUCAUCUCUCUGACCGCACCGAAAAAGUGCGCCAUGAGUUUCUCGGGGAAGCAUUUCUUGGCCGGACGCUUCCUGCCUUACGACAUCCAGAAAAAAUAUGAUCUCAACUUACCGGAAUACCCGGGAACAGACUCUCUCAUCGAACUGUAA